AUGAGCCUUGUCCUGGCUUUUAAGCUCGCCUCCCUCAGCACUAGCGCAUUCGAAGCCUGCAAAAGUAUCCUAGACGCAUUUCCCUUCGACUACUCUCACUCUCCAAACACCGGAGAGCCAUUUUCCUGCCGAAUCUGGGUGAAGGAUGCACUUGUGGAGCUCCACAAGAAUGGAAUAAUCGUACUUCCGCGUGAUAUCUCUGUGAUCGAAGCCCAGUUACUCGAACGGGGCUAUUCGCACAAGGAUGAGGUAGAGGGAGGUGCGGACAAUGCUGAGGUCGACAAUAACGGAUUGGAUUGA